AUGAAUAGCUCAAAAACCCCCAAAGGGCCCCGUAGCCGUACCGGAACACCAGAUCGCGGAGGCAUCCGCAAACGAGGGGCCCCUCCCCGGACCGAUCGGGAUGGUGACCUGGAUAUGGACGGUGAAAAAACCUUGGAUGCACUGGAAAAGGCUAUCUUCAGCAACGCAUCUUCUCAGGCGAAUGUUGGACAUGGUCGCCCACAGACUCAGAGCAAAGGGUUGGUUCAAGUGAUCGUGCGCGGAUGGAAGCGUAGCAAAGCGGCUUUUAAUCCCGAUGGCGGUCUUGAAAGCCUCGUCAUGUUCCUUGAAAGAAAAGCUCAACCCCCCAAAAAGCAAGGUACUGCGGCCCAUUCACGAUUUAAAAUUUCCAAGUCACGAAUCGAAGGGGAUGCUUUAAUUAUAUCACUUCGUCCGGAACUAGUGGCAUGUGUUUUACAGAUCAAUGGUACUAGCUUUGCGGGCGAGAAACUUACUAUUGAAGAAUACCGCAAUCCCGAUGUCAACAAUACAGAAAAGCAACCACUGUCACAAACCGCGCUCGAUACAAAGGCUAGAAUGACAGAAUUUUUGAAGAAGAGAUACUCUGAGUCAGGGAAGCUCUUAAACCUUUCACAGCUUGGCACUGAUCCAGAUCUUCUUGCCAUGGGCAUGUUCAACACCACUUCGACAGAGUCUAAAUUUUUCCCAGCUCUCAUGAAAAUAUGCGAACUUACAUUCGAUUCUCCGGACAAACGAAGAGAACUUUUCCAGAGCGUUACCCUGGCUCAGAAUAAACUUCUUAAUGUUUCCUCCGUUACCACGCUGUCGCAAACAUUCCCAGCUCUCAAAAAUCUCGAUUUAUCGAACAAUCAAUUCAAGGAUAUCCAAUCACUACUUGCAUGGAGGUGGAAAUUUAGAGAACUUGAAUUUCUCGACCUUACCGGAAACCCAAUCAGUUCCGAAGCAAAUUUCAAAGAAACUAUGCUCAAAUGGUAUCCCAGACUCAGGACGCUAAAUAAUAUAACGGUCCGGACGGCGGAAGAAAUAGCUGUCCAGCGGAAAAACCCGAUCCCGAUUCAACCUGCUAGUUUUCAAGAUGAAUCCCAGAUUGGUGAAAAUUUCGUGAAAGCCUUUUUCACCGGAUUCGACAACGAUCGGAACGACCUAGUAAAUGGAAUAUAUGACGGCAAGUCGACAUUUUCUCUAAGCAAAAGCAGAAAUCUUCUGAGGGUUACCUAUUUUCCUUCGCGAAUGGCUCGUACCUUUGUCGGUUCUGAAAAGAUCCGCGAAGUGUGGAACUCUUUGCCGAAAACUAGACAUCCUGAUGUUCUUGCAAACCCGCAAGAUUGGCUAAUAGAAUGCCAUCCCAUCCCUGGUCUUCCCGACCCCACCAACCAGAGCGCCACGGGCGUUGGUGGUCUCCUUAUAACCGUCCAUGGUAAAUUCGAGGAAUUCGAGGUCACAACUAGAAACAAGACGCAAAUGCGGAGUUUCGAUCGUACCUUCAUCCUUGGGCCAGGAGGUGGAGUUGGCGGUCUACGAGUUUUUAACGACCUGCUCUGUUUGAGGACAUUUGGCGGAUCCGAAGCGUUUGUUCCAGAGACGGAACAACCCUCUACGAACUCUGCCAUUCCACUACCUACGCAGACAGCUAUUCCGACUCCGAUCACUACCCAGAUCCCAAAUCCUAUAAUGACGCCGAUCCCCACCAACCAACGGGUUCACCCAGAAGCAAAAGAUGGGUUCGGAUUACCAAUACCUGGAAAAUCAGAAGAACAGGUCCGGAAAGAACAGAUUGUUAUGGAAACCAGCUUCCGAACAAAAAUGACGUUAGCAUAUUCAGAGAUGGCUUUAUCUGGCAACAACUGGGACAUGGAAGCAGCGUUGAUAAAUUUCGAAGAAUUGAAGUCUUAUCAAGCGGAAACGCAACGGCAGACCCGAUUUCAACAUCACGUGAUUUUUCUUAUGACCUCGAUUCGUGGGCCGCAUUAUGUGGCUGGGUGUGACGUCCAAUUCAUUGGGAUGUCACCCACCAUCGCCCUCAUGACUGAGAACGGCAUGUCCAAUCCCGAUCCACUGGAUGGAGGCAAGCUCGCAAUUUCUCCUGGAAUCUCAUAUAUCGAGCUGACAAUGAUUUCUGUAGUCGACUACGAUCCUAUAGAUCACCUCAAUGCCAUCUUCUCCCAUCCGUCUGCUCUCUCAUCCGUGUACAGAACAUCCGAUGCGCUCCAAACAUACCAAGAUGAGCUUGACAGUGACAUUGCUUCACUUGUCGAACGACAAGCCGCAUCCAAUGCGGAAAGCGUACAGCGAGUGCAAACAGCAAAAGUAGACAUGGCCGAAUUAUUUAAGAAGAUUGAUGACGUUCGUGAGCGCGCUUUAAAGACAGAACAAGCCAUCACCGAGAUGACAGCGGAGAUCAAACAGCUGGAUAAUGCAAAGAAGAACUUAACUCUGUCGAUGACGGCAUUGAAGAGAUUGCAAAUGCUUACUACUGCGUACGAACAAUUGAAAGCGUUGAGCAAAUCGAGGCAAUAUCGCGACUGUGCGCAGCUACUUGCGGCGGUGAUCCAACUUAUGGCGCACUUCAAAUCCUAUCGAUCCAUCGACCAGAUUGCUACGUUGAGCCGUAACGUGGCUGAUAUCCAACGAGAACUACUCGAGCAGGUUUGCGAAGAUUUCGAGAUUAUAUUUGCGAAGGGGGAGAUCCCACAGAGAAAGAGUGUGCUGGUCGAAGGAUGUUUGGUUAUGGAAGUCUUCGGGGAUAUGGCAAAGUCAAGAUUAAUGACAUGGUAUUGCAAUACACAGUUAAGGGAAUAUCGCCAAGUGUUUCGAGGCAAUGAGGAAGCAGGAUCUUUGGAUAAUAUUUCGAGAAGGUAUUCUUGGUUCAGAAGAAUGCUAAAGACAUAUGAUGAAGAGCAUGGGUCGAUAUUUCCGCCUUCCUGGAAAGUCGGUGAAAGCUUAGCAAAUGUGUUCUGUGAGGGGACGCGGGAAGAUUUCAAAGGAAUUCUCUCCCGGUCACUUCGGAGUGGACAAACAUUAGACGUUAACCUUCUCCUUUCUUGUAUGCAAGAAACCCUCGAUUUCGAACAAUUCCUUGAUCGGAGGUUCAGCUCUCAAUCUCGUGCGUCUUCUGAUACAUUCACAUCGAUCGAAUCUCCCGCAUUUGGCCAGUCGAUAUCUAAAGCGUUUGAGCCGUACCUUAGCAUAUGGAUUGAAGCUCAGGACAAGCAGCUAUCAGCCCUGAUACCGAAAUAUCGACAACAACCAAUAAAGCCUCCAGAUGAGGAGUUUACGUCCCGCCUAGUUAUUCCUUCUUCUACCGACCUUUUCACCUUUUAUCGGCAGUCUCUCGCACAGUGUGCCAAAUUAUCCACUGGCUCUAGUUUAUCAGAGCUUUCGAAGCUAUUUGCAAAAUAUUUGGAUCAAUAUGCUCAGCAAGUGCUUCUGUAUUUUGUCACUGAACGCGCAAGUGGGCAGACUCCCUCCAAAACUCCAUCCUUAGAAGACCUUAUACUAGUACUAAACACAGCCGAUUACUGUUACUCGACAUGCAACCAGCUCGAAGAUAAAAUUAAAGGUCGGAUUGAGGAGAACUUCAAGCAAAGUAUCGACCUACAGAGCCAGGCCGAUGCUUUUAUGGGCAUUGCCAGUUCGGCUGUGCGUGGGCUGGUCCGAAAUGUCGAGGUUGAAUUAGAGCCAUCGUGGAAAGAAAUGCGGAAUACGACGUGGAACAAAUUGGAAACCGUCAGCGACCAGAGCUCCUUUGUUGCGGUACUAUUGAACAGCGCCAAAUCCAAAUCCGAGGAAAUCCUGAAAAUGUUGCAUAAACAGCAAUAUGCGCGAGCAUUUGCUGAUAAUUUUGUGGAACACCUCUCAAGCACCUACAUAGCCAAUAUUUUCCAGUGCAAGCCCGUGUCAGAGACUGGUGCUGAACAAGUAGGAUCAUGUUUUCGUAAAUUUAUCCACGAAACUUCUCCCCGCUAA